GACUUAUUGUACAGUUACUCCAAAAUAUGUUAAACGAUAAACGCGGAUAGAUAUGUAGAAAAUUCGUAGGAAAAUUCAAAACAUCGCAUCGAGUCACACAAGUAGUGCUAACUGGUUUCAGGUGUGACUAUUCGUUCGCGGUUGAUCGGUGGUGAAUCAAAAUGAUAAUCGUGUAUACGGUAAUCGUGAUAAUUCUGUUCGUACUUUUUUAUAAAAUUAAAAACAAAAGAGCACACGAACUACUUAAACAGUUUCCUUGCUAUCCAACCUAUCCUCUGAUUGGCAAUGCGUACAUGUUGCAUCGUUUGAAUGAUGGUUUACUGCUGAGUUUGGAAAGAUUACUAGCACCGUAUGAUCGAUUGCUAUUCUGGUUAGGUCCAGUGCCCGCCUUGAUUCUGAAGAAAUACGACGAUAUUAUGACUGUAUUAAAUCAGACCCAGGACCGUGACACGAUGAAUCUUCUGGAGGAAUGGAUCGGAGUAGGCAUAUUAAAUGCUAAAUUUGACGACUGGAAAAAAUCGAGAAAAAUGCUAUCGCCGGCUUUUAGUUCGGAGAUGCUCGUAAGAUAUGCGGAUGUAUUCCAUGAAAAAGCUUCCAUUUUGGUUGAUGAACUGAAAGGACCCGCAGACCGAGGAGAAAUCGUAAAUGCUUGGGAUUAUGUUAUGAAUACGAAUCUUGAAACUGUCUUAGCCAAUACACUCGGUACUUCGAUUGAAAAAACAGGAAAGGAUGCAAAAAAUUACUGUAGUGUCCUACACAAGACUUUUCAAAAUCUAACCACAAGAGUGAUAUCACCUUGGUUACAUCCUGGAUUCAUUUAUAAAAUCUAUUUAAAAUUAAUCGGCCAGAUGAACACGAUCAAGAUUUUGAAUGAUUUGCCCGAAGAAGAUUUAUCGUUGAUUCGGAUUUUUCAGGCAAUAGAAGAGAAAUUAAAUAAUGUUCGGAACACUAAAAAAGCGCAAGAAUACGUAGACGAUUCACCCAACUCGAUCAUUGAUUUACUCAUCGAAAAGAGCGCGAAAGAAACCAGUUUCACUAAAACGCGUAUAAGAGAUGAAGCAGUACAAUUAAUUCUAGUGGGAUCCGAAACAACAGCUCUAAACGUUUGUUUUACACUACUUGCGUUGGCUAUACACCAAGAUAUACAACAAAAAGUAUACGAAGAAAUUGUACAGGUGAUGCCAGAAAAGGACACUUUGGACACAGAUGAUUGCAUCAAUCAGCUGAAAUAUUUAGAACAAUGCGUCAAAGAGACUUCUAGAAUAUAUAGUCAAUCAGUUUUGGUCAUUCGACGUACUCACAAAGAUUGCACGUUGAAAGAUAACAAAAUCAUACCGAAGAAUACGUUAGUUGCAGCAGCUAUUCAUUUCUCCCAUUUCGACCCCGAAUUGUAUAAAAAUCCAUCAGUCUACGAUCCCGAACACUUCAACGAUGAAGCAGUUGCUAAGCGUCCAAAAGGCAGCGAACUAGUUUUCGGAUAUGGUCCAAGAAUAUGUAUAGGAGCCAAAUACUCGAUUAUAUCGUCCAAGAUGCAACUCGCUCACAUCAUUCGAAACUAUCACCUAUCAACCAAUAUAAAAGAAAUCACCAAAAAUGAUCUGAACGCUGAUUUGUGCCUUCGAAGUAAAAUAGGAUAUCCUAUCAAAUUUACCAGCAGACAGAAAGCAAAAUAAAUAAUUAUUUAUAAAAAUAUGUUCAUUCUGUGAUAUUUUGUAAAUCAUAUAAUAAACUUCCAAUAGUU